GUGCUGUGUUCAACAGAAGGGGGAUAAUCUCAGAAGCUGACCAGGCAGCAAACAAACGGUGCGUGCAGCUCUAAAGUCAGUAACUGCUGUUACCAAAUGACACACGGACUUCUACUGAGCCAAACACCUAAUCAUCAAAUUAGUGAAUAAGUCAACCAGAAUCCUGCAGCAGCUGGUGGGGGACAGAGAUGGAGGGUGUUCAGUGGAGCGACAUUACAGACGCUUGAUGAGCUGCUGUUCAGCAAAGUUCAGAGAACAAGAGUCAGUUCUGGUAAAAAUGUCUAGGGCAAAUCAAUGGAAAUCAAGAUGAUGAAAAAAGGAUGUAACAGUAGGAAACUGUAUGUGGGAGGAGAGUGGAAAAAAACGAUAGGAAGUGUGUGCACGAUGUGCGAGUACGUUCUUGCAUCAGGUGUGGUGCGUGUGAUUGGGUGUUACUGUUGGUAACCAGGCAGGGAUGGACCUUGUCUCGUGGGGAUGUGGGGGGAGCGGCUUAAUCAGCUAUGAGUACAACCAGAGAAUAACACAGACACUGACAGAAUCUUGAGCUGAGGGAACUCAGCCUCGCUGCCCGGAUGAAACAAAACAAGCCAGGCAAACAAAUUUAGCUCCAAUACAGUCAACACUGCUGCUCCAUUUGCUCAGGCUGCCAGUGGGGAUCCUUUUUGUUCCUCCCAGGAUUUCACAUGGAUUGUAAGAACUUAAAGAGGACUUCAAGAAAUGAAUCAAAGAAAUGCUUAAAUGAGCGGUUUCACUUCUUUUACAAAAAGAACUACAGGCUGACCUGCCUCGAAGGAGCUUCGUCUGUGGUGGUGCUGGAGAACUACAGAGACACAGGACUAUUAUGUUCCAGCUUGGAGGACAAAAAUGGAGCUUUUUGUUUUGUCUAGGAAUAAGUAUAAUUGUAGUUUCAUUUAUCUAUUUCAAAACCAGGAUCCCAACCGAACCAAAGCAUCUCCAGCUUUUUGGCUGCAGAAACUUUUCCAAUGAAUGUAAAGCCUUCCUGCCCAGCUUAGAAACUGCACAAUGGUAUCGGCGUGACUGCCAGGUGGAAAACCAUAUCCUGAAAAACAAUCUGCAGUGUUCAGAAUUGAUCAGAGACUUGCAUUUUAUUACCAGGCCCCUGAGUCGAGAAGAGGAGGACUAUCCCUUAGCUUUCAUUGUGACUAUUCACAAAGAUCUAGAGAUGUUUGUGCGUACACUACGAGCUAUUUACAUGCCCCAAAAUGUGUACUGCAUUCAUAUUGAUGCUAAGGCUUCAUGGGAGUACAAGGUAGCCGUGAGGAUGUUAGUUAGAUGCUUUGAGAAUAUAUUCCUUUCCAGUCAAAGUGAAAAAGUGACUUAUGGUGGCUUUACACGCCUACAAGCGGAUGUGAACUGCAUGAAAGAUCUAGUUAGGUCAAAGAUAGACUGGAAAAAGGUUGUGAAUUUGUGCGGACAGGAUUUCCCCAUCAAGAGCAACCUGGAACUUGUGCAGUACAUGCAGAGUAAACAGUGGAGGGACAAAAACCUAACACCUGGGGUCAAACAGCCAGCACACAUCAGUUACAGAACAGAAUUCCAGCACAAGGAGAUUGCAGGAUCCCGCAUUAUUCGAAAAGGAGGGAGAUGGAAGAAGGAUCCUCCACCUGAUAAUCUGCAAAUUUAUUUUGGAACAGCAUACUAUGCUCUUACAAGGGCUUUUGUAGAGUUUGUUCUGGAAAGCCCAAUAGCCAUUAACCUCUUGAAGUGGUCCAGAGACACCUACAGUCCAGACGAGCAUUACUGGGUGACACUUAACCAUCUCAAAGAUGCUCCAGGCAGCCGUAUCGACGGUGGUUGGGAAGGAGAUAUCCGAGCAAUAAAGUGGAGGGAUCAAGAAGGAAUGAUUCACCAAGGCUGCAAAGGACAUUACCUUAGGGACAUCUGCAUUUACGGAAUGGGGGACAUCGGGUGGAUCAUCGACAAGGACAGCAUGUUUGCCAAUAAGUUUGAAAGUGAUGCCUAUCCUGAGGCCCUGGACUGCUUGGAACAGUGGCACAGGAGCAAAGUGCUAAGCCAGGCAAAUAUUCCACUUCAACCAUCGUGGUUUCUGGCGAUAACAAGCAACUUCAGCAGCAUCACCACUUCCAAUAGCACUACAGUGAUGUGACAUGUCCACCAAUAUAAUGUCAAGUCAUUGUAGAUUUUUUUACUUCUUUAUGAUGCUGUAGACUAUAUGUAUUUAUUUUUAAAAAAAGUUAUAAUGGCUGUACUUAUUUUUAUGUAUAUGACACUGAGAUGCUUACAUUACAUAUUAGAUAGAAAAAACUAAAGAUUGAAUAGCUAUUUUAAAGAUGAUGUCCAGUUAACUUUUUGAUGCAUAAGUGGGGUCAAAAAUGACACAAUGGGUUAUUUUUUCUAAAAAAUCUUUGAAAAUAAAAGUAUUUUGAUUUUCAAAUUCCAGGUAUUCUUCAUAAAAACUUCUGAAUAAGUGAGGAAAAAAAUGACCCCAAGCAUUUCCUGUGGAAUCUAAAGGAUUGGCUC